UAUAUGGUCAUAGGAGCUGGUGGAACUUCAACUCAUACUCUAUCAUAAGACUUGGUUCUGUUUUGGAUGAAAAGGAUUUGACACGAGUGGGAACAAGAGAGUGCAGUUGUCAACACACUGUUCAUUGUUCAUCGUCAAUAAGGACCAAUCCAUAGCUAGACACGCAAGCAUUCAGGUUCAGGUCUCUGCCUUCCUUUUUGUCUUUAAACCGUGCCCUUUCUGAUCGUUUUGCUCUCUGUUUUGUGCGUUCUUUACUUCUCUCAUCUGUUGGUUCGUGUGGAAUCGUUGAGGUUGAGAUCCCUUCAACUCUUUGUUUUUCUUUUUUCAUAUGGGUUUCACUGCUUCAGCUGCCACCAUUCGUUGGUAUGUCAGUGAAAGUGAAACUUUACUCUUCUUUAAAUGAUCAGAAAGAGCGUCUGGAGAGUGUUGGAUCUGAUUGAAACGGGGGAAUAUUCAUUGUUUGCAGCUCUGUUUCCGUGUUCCUAGGUGCUUAUGUUGUAAGCCAUUUGAUGUCAGUUUCGGAAAUUGCUCGGGUUACUUUAUUUGAGAUUUGAGUGUCGUUCAAGUUUGGUUGGUGUAGCCAGAUAAAGGGGAGUAGGUUCAGUAAUAUCUGGGGCGUGUUCUUGCCAUCAUCGUCAAUAUUCUAACAAGUAGUUUGUGAUGAAAACUGAAUAAAAGAUUCUAUUUUCCAUGUCGUCUUUCAAAUCAUGGAGAUGGUUGAUGAGAAAAAAGAGUGGUUUGUCUGAUGGGGGGAAAUCAAGUAUCAAGAUGAAACAGCUGCCUUUUAUGGCAAUUGUGUGUACAGUAAUGCUGUUCAUUGUGUAUAGAACUACGAAGUAUCAGUAUCACCAAGAAGAGAUUGACAAAAAAUGGAGUUUCUGGGGAGAAACAAAGGCAUUUCCUGCGACUUCUGGGAAGCUGAAAGGCUUGCCACGAGGUAUAAUACACGCUGCUUCAGAUUUGGAGAUGAGGCCAUUAUGGUUGAGAAGUAGUUCAAGGUCAAAGGCUAGUGUUUAUUCCAAUCGUAACUUGCUGGCAGUUCCAGUUGGUAUUAAACAAAAGCAUAAUGUCGAUGCCAUGGUGCAAAAGUUUCUUCCAGAAAAUUUUACAAUUAUUUUAUUCCAUUAUGAUGGCAAUGUGGAUGGGUGGUGGAAUCUUAAUUGGAGUAGCAAGGCUGUACACAUUGUUGCUCAGAAUCAAACAAAAUGGUGGUUUGCAAAAAGAUUUCUACAUCCGGAUAUAGUUUCUAUUUAUGAUUAUAUCUUUCUCUGGGAUGAGGAUUUAGGGGUGGAGCAUUUUUCUCCAUCAAGAUAUGUUAAAAUUGUAAAGGAAGAAGGUUUGGAGAUAUCUCAACCAGCUCUCGACCCAAAUUCAACAGAGAUACAUCAUAGAAUUACAAUUAGAGCUAGAACCAAGAAAGUUCAUAGAAGAGUCUACGAACGCAGAGGCAGUACGAGGUGUUCAGAUGCAAGUGAAGGGCCACCAUGCACUGGGUUUGUGGAAGGUAUGGCUCCAGUUUUCUCUCGAUCUGCCUGGUAUUGUACUUGGCAUCUUAUACAGAAUGACCUUGUCCAUGGAUGGGGAAUGGAUAUGAAACUAGGAUAUUGUGCACAGGGAGAUCGAACUAAAAAUGUGGGAGUUGUUGAUAGUGAAUAUGUUGUUCACAAGGGAAUACAAACUCUGGGUGGGAGCGGUCGUGGUAAAACGAAGGUUUCAAAACUUAAAAAGACAACUACGCAGAGACAAGGUGGAGCGGCAAUUGAUAUGCGAACUGAGAUACGAAGGCAAUCAACAUGGGAAUUUGAAAUCUUCAAAGAGCGAUGGAAUCAAGCUAUUGCUGAGGACAAAAACUGGGUUGAUCCAUUCAAGAGUGACCAAAGACGCUUAAGAAGACGGCGUGGCACCCAACGGUUUUCUUAGCACUUUUGUUUACACGAUUGGUUGGAUAUGUUAAAAAGUUUCAUUCACAGGCAUUACCUAGGCUUAAUUUUAGUUUGUGUAGCUGACUGAAUUCUUAAUUCAAUUCAAUUUUUGAAAAAUCACAU